AUCAGCGUCUGCGGCAAGUGCAAGUGGUGCAACACGGCCAUGGACCUGUUCAAGGAGAUGCAGGACAGCGGGAUGACAGCCACAUGCUACGCCUACAACGCCGCCAUCUCCGCGUGCGGCCACGCGAAGCGCAUAGGGAUGGCCCUGGACCUCUUUCGCGACAUGAAGGAGGCGAAGGUCGUGCCCGACGCCUUCACGUACAACGCCCUCAUCAGCGCCUGCGAGAAGCGCUUGUGGCCCGACCGCGCCGAGGAGCUGUUCCGCGAGAUGGAG